UUCUAUCUUAAAGAUUUGUCACUUUAAAUAGACAGCCUGUCACUUCAACAUGAUUGCGUCUACCUACAUUCACCCAAGUAUCUAGAAAAGGUUACCAUUCCGGAUGUCACUCAAGGAACAACCACAAGUGACCAAUGAGUCGCUCGCGAUUCGCCAUAGAUAUGACCCGAAAACAGGCAUCAAAAGAGGACAAGGCAUAUUUCGAUGAUUGCUCUUGCAGGCAUAAUUGGCCCGGUGUCUUUAUUUGAAUGGGAUCUGCGUUGAAUGCCGGAGGUCCAGUCGGACUAAUUGCUGGGUUUGCUAUCGUGGGCAUUCUUGUCAUGAUUGUGAUGUUUUGUAUCGGGGAGCUCAGCUGCGUGUUUGAUUUUAAUUUCAGCACACAUGCUUCCAGGUGGGGGGACCCUGCAUUCGGGGCUUCCAUGGGGUGGUUCUACGUGUUUUUGUGGAUCUGCAACAUUAUUGCGGAAUACGUGUCGGUGAUUGCUGUCCUAUCAUACUACAGCUCCCGGGUUCCGCUUUACGGGUACUUCUUGAUACUCUGGCCAGUGUUCUCACUUUAUCAAAUGUUUGGUGUUGACGUGUUUGGCGAAGUGGAGUACGUUUUGGCCUUCAUCAAGAUUCUCUUCAUCUCGGGAUUCUACUUGUUCAGUAUAAUAUACGCCUCCGGUGGAAUUGAUGGCUACAAGCCUGAAAACGUCUUCAAAGCGAAACCGCUAGCAGGAGGUUUUAAAGGAAUUGCCAACUCGUUUGUGUAUGCGGGAGUUUUUUACACUGGGAUUGAAAGUCUUUCGGUGACUCUUAGUGAGCUGAAAAAUGUGAGAUCCGCUGUCAAAAGCGCAGUGCGCCAGGCUAUUUUCAGAAUUUUCUAUGUCUACUUUGGAAUCUCUAUUGCCUUUGGAAUAACCGUGGCAUACGAUGACCCCAUGCUAUCCUCCGAAAACAAAACCAUGCAGUCCCCUAUUGCAAUUUACUUUGCUGCCAGAAGCUUAAAGAGACUUGCUGAUGACGGUGUGGCCCCUACCAUAUUUUGCAAGGUUACCAAGCAAGGCGUUCCAUGGGUUGCUACGCAGGCUGUCCACAUUUUUGGUUUUCUUGCUCUUCUAUCUAUUUCCAGUGGAUCUAAGGUUGCUUAUAGCUACAUUGUGAAUUUGGGGGUUUUUUGUGCUUUUAUCGUGUGGACAGCUAUCGUAUACAGGCAUUACCGGUUUCGAAAGGGCUGGCUCAGUCAAGGAAGAUUGCUUGGAGAAUUGCCGUUCAAAGUGCCUCUCUUUCCAUUUCUCAACUACUUGGGAAUAUCCUUGGGUAUUGUAUUGGUGUUAGUACAGGGCUGGCUGAUUUUCAAGCCUUUUGAUGCUGGAAAUUUUGUGGACUACUACAUUAUGGUUCCCCUCUUUUUCAUCUGUUACAUUUUUUAUGACUCAAUGGAUUUUGAUACUGACAGAAGCGAAACUGAAGGAAUGGCGGACGAAUACAGUGUUAAAAAAGUGCCGUGGGCGAAGAGGCUUUGGGAAAGCAUCUGAGAUCAGACACAGGGCGCUUGUAUGCUUUUCAAAAUUUAUAAGAUUAGCGAACAGAGGAAGCUGAAAAAAAAGUUUCGGAAUACAUCAAAGUCUUUGCUCUGAUAAAUGCAAGAAUAUAAGUAAAAGCAAGCUCUAUCAGCUAUUUUCUUUCCC